UUUGCAGCCCCAGCGAGUUUCUCCUCGUGUCUCCCUGAUUUCAGGGGGUUCACCUGCCCCGGCCACCCCACGGCAUGCCUGAGCACACCACCGCCUCAAGGCUCCGGCUCUCCGGGCUGUGCUUCCUCCUCCAAAUCCUCACCAUCAUCCUCUUCGCCGUCUUUGUCCGGUACAGCCCCGAAGGCAGCCCCAGCCUCUGCUCCCAGCAGCUGAACUGCAGCUGGAAAAACCAGGACUCGGGUUUUCAGCACCCCCGUUUCCGGGAUGUCCACCUCCAAGCUCUCCUUGGCUUCGGGCUCCUGGUGGCCUUCCUCAGCCGUUACGGGCUGGGCAGCACGGCCAUCAGCAUCCUCAUCGUGGCCUUCGCCAUCCAGUGGGCUGUACUCAUCCAGGGAUUUUUAUACUUCUUCCUGAACGGCAAAAUUUACGUGGGAGCUCAGAGCAUGGUCAGUGCCGACUUCUGCACCGCAGCCAUUCUCAUCUCCACCGGAGCUGUUCUGGGCAGGGGAAACCCCGUCCAGAUGCUGCUGCUGACCCUGCUGGGAGUCACCCUCUUCACUCUCAAUGAAUACAUCCUGCUCAGUCUCAUGGGGGUAAGCGACAGCGGGGGCUCCUUGACCGUCCACACCUUCGGUGCUUAUUUCGGCUUGAUGGUUUCACGGAUUUUGCACCAGCCCCAUACGGACAAGAGGAAAGAGCAGCAGGACACGGGGCACCAGCCAGAUGUCUUUGCUGUGGUUGGAACCAUCUACCUGUGGAUCUUCUGGCCCAGCUUCACCUCAGCCACCACGGUCCGUCACAACACCGAGCCCUGGGCAGUGCUCAACACCUACUUCUCACUGGCGGCGAGCACCCUGGCCACCUUUGUCCUCUUGCCUGUCCUCUACGAGGAGAGCACCCUGCAGAUGGUUCAGAUCCAGGAUGCCACCUUGGCUAGCGUGGCCAUGAUGGGCAUGGCUGGGGAGAUGCUGGUCACCCCCUUCGGGGCCCUCAUUGCGGGGUUUCUGGCUGGCCUGAUCCCCCCGCUUGGCUUCAGAUUCCUCACGCCCGUCCUGCGCUCCAGGCUGAAAACCCAGGACACGUGUGGGGUUCACAACGUCCACGGGCUGCCGGGGAUCCUGGGCGCCUUGCUGGGGACACUGCUGACGGCGCUGGCCACUGCAGAUGCUUAUGGUGGCAGGCUGGAGCUUGUGUUCCCACUGGUGGCCCAGGGCAGCCGGACGGCCACCGACCAGGCCCUCUGCCAGCUCUGCGCCCUGCCCAUCACCCUGCUGCUGGCCACGCUCGGUGGCUUCCUCACCGGUGGCCGAGGAAGGAUGCGACCGCGGGGCGAGCAGAAAGGAGCCGGGUACCAGCACCUUGGUCUAACGACCCCGACCCCCCCGGUGAGGUCCUGCACCACCAGGCUCGACCUUCUGCCAGCAUCGCCGGUGCCGGGCAGCUGCUGGCAGCCUGACCUUCCCAGCAGCCAGGCUUGUCCCCGUGUGGAGCCAGGUCCUGGUCCCAAAGGUUUUGGGAGUAGUCGGGUGCCCACGGGCCUUCGCAGGGUGAAGAGAUGCUGCAGUGAUACGGGCGCUUGCUGUUGGAGCGAGCCCACUUGCUCCAGGGACACCUCAGCGUGUCCAGACUUGGCUCGGCCACUUUCCCUCUCUGCUCUGUGCCUCAGUUUCCCCAUCUACUGCUCUCGGAAGACAGGAAGGCGAUGGGGGGAGGCUGUGUCGGGGACGGGGCAUACCAGGCUCCACAGAAAGCAGCAGAGACUUUCUACAGACACUUUUGCACACAACUAUUAAAACACGUAGAUCUUUUGUAGCCAGUGAACUCACACGGCACCUGCCCAGCUUUGCCGGCUGAGUUUCCUUCAGGUUUCUUUCCAGGGGGGAAAGCAAAGCCCCCAGGAUGCCCCAGGAUCCCCCUUCACCCCAAAGUCUGAUGCCCAUGCAGUGGGUUUCAGGGGUUGCUCCAUCCUCGUCCCGUGCCCCCCCCGCUCCCCCGAGGGGGUACCCCCUGGAGCCUUGGCCACCAGAGGGUGCGACAGCCCAGAGCAGCCAGCACCCAGGGGUGAGACCAGGGUGACAGCGGGGUCCCCAGCACAGGGGUGACCCCUGCCUUCCCCUUACCGCUCAUCACCUUGCACUGGGGUCAA